AUGUCCCCACUGCCAUCCACGGCGAGAUCAGGCGGUCCCGCUAUCUGUUACAGACGCCUUUUCGAUGCCAUUGUGGAAGCGGGGCGCCAUGCUGUGCCUAAUGAAACGUCCGCGGAGCAGUCGAUCCGCGUCAAGAACUUGCAAAAGAGCGAUAACGAGCGCCGUCUCAAGACCAAGAAACAGCAGAGCUCGAAGAAGAGCUCACGACGAAGCCGGGGCGACGACUGA